AGACAUGAAGCACUAAAAUAAACAAAGGUGGGGCCUAUGCCACCCGCCUUUUCCCUUGGCUCGCUCGCUCCGGAGCUCUGCGAACCUUUUCGCUUUUCGACGAGGGUUUUAGGAGAGGAUCGGGUUUGAUGCGGAGGAAUCCUGCAGCUGGCGGCAUCCGCAUGAACGGAGGAGUAAUGGAUGGAAAAAUUAUUGGAGGCCUGAUCAACAGCAUUUCUCGAUUUAUCCAUCUCAUUGGUUGCAAUUCUAUGAAAACUACAUUUUUAAAAGACUUCAAAAGUAUAGUUGGCACAUUGAAGCUAUUGAAGCCCAUACUUGAUGAAGCAUAUGAUUCUCAAAUACCUUCGGAUGGACAAUUGAUAAAAGCGUUCGCGGAAUUAGAUUUAGCUGUGAAUCAGGCCAGAGAAUUUAUGGAGAAACGACCCCAAAAGAUGAGCAAGAUAUAUAGUGUUUUGCAAAGUGAGUCAAUGAUGUUGAAGGUCCAAAGGUCAUCUAUAGAGAUAUGCGAUGUCUUGAGUAAAUUGUUACAGUCAUCUCAUCAUACUUCUCUUUUAGCACGCAUUCAGCAUUGCUUGCAGAAACUUCAAUGCAUAGAGCAGGACCUGACAUCAGAACUUGUUGAAAAUGCUCUGAAAGAUCAAAGGGAGUAUGUCAUACCUAGCAUAGAAGAUCUUAUAAAGAUCAUGGAUACCCUUGGUUUGACAACAAACCAGGAACUCCUGAUGGAACGUAUAGCUCUGGAGAAGGAGAGAUCAAAGGCUGAGCUCAAGGAAAAGACAGAGGAUGCAGACCACAUAAGUCAGAUAAUUGCACUAGUCACUCAGAUGUGCUGUUGCGUGGCAAAACUUGAACAGUCUGGAUUUACAAAUGGGCUGCCCAUUCCUUCACAUUUGUGUUGCCCUCUCUCUUUGCAACUCAUGUUGGAUCCAGUAAUUGUGGCCUCAGGACAAACAUAUGAAAGAUCCUAUAUACAGAAGUGGCUGGAUGGUGGCCUGAGAAUUUGUCCCAAGACCCGUCAAAUUCUUGCCCAUACAAAUCUUAUACCAAAUUUCACAGUCAAGGCGUUGAUUGCAAAUUGGUGCAAAGACAACAAUGUAAGACCAAGCAAUUCUGUUCAAUCUAAUUGUAUCUCAAAUCCCUUCUUAACUGAUGCAAUCCUGGAUCACUUCACACCUGAGAAUAAUUUACAUGGUUCACUUCCUAGAGAUUCAACCUCCAUGCCCUCUUUUGGAUGUGGAAAUCAAACAGAACAGCAAACAAUUGAGGUGUCAUCUGGAUGUGGUGAAGAGUCUUUCCUUAUUAGCCACCAUCAGAAAUUGGCUGGUGACCUUACUUUGCAAGGCAGUGUAUCACAUGAGCAGCAGAGCAGCUGUCGUGGUCAUAGUGAAUCCAUCUCAAGUGUUAUUUCUAGCAUCGAAAUAUCAAGCAAGUUCAAUGAAAAAGUCAGUCUUUUGGGAGAGGUCUCACAUCCUUCAUCUUCUCCAUUGAAUAGGGAUCUGAGAUUUUCACCACAAUUUUCUCCACCCCAACUUUCUGAUUUGAGGAUGGGACACAUCAAUAAUCUUGCAAAUCAGGUGUCACUCCCCAGAGCAGGAUCAGAUGAUCUUACCACCUCUUCCCAUGUCCAGAAACUAGUUGAGGAUCUGGAAAGUCAAGCUCCUGAAGUGCAGAGAGCGGCUGCAUCAGAGCUGAGACUUCUUGCAAAGCACAACAUGGAAAACCGUGUUCUGAUUGUAAAAUGUGGGGCUGUCCCUCCACUGGUUUCCUUGCUACACUCGAAGGUGAAAAGGGUGCAGGAAAAUGCUGUUACUGCUCUGUUGAAUUUAUCCAUCAAUGACAAUAACAAGGUUUCUAUAGUGGAGGCGGGAGCUAUCGAACCACUUAUCCAUGUUCUGGAAUAUGGAAGUGCAGAGGCCAAAGAGAACUCAGCUGCGGCUUUGUUCAGCCUCUCAGUUUUGGAGGAGUACAAAGUUAAGAUUGGACGUUCCGGCGCUAUCAAAGCAUUAGUUAAUCUUUUAGGCUCUGGAAGCCUUAGAGGAAAGAAAGAUGCUGCUACUGCCUUAUUUAGUCUGUCGAUCUUCCAUGAGAACAAAGCACGGAUAGUCCAAGCUGGUGCAGUCAAGUAUCUUGUUGAGCUGUUGGACACUAGCACAGGAAUGGUGGACAAAUCAGUUGCGGUGUUGGCUAACCUUACGACAGUUCCUGAAGGCUGCCUGGCUAUCAGCCAGCAAGGUGGAAUUCCUCUGCUAGUUGAGAUCGUUGAGACAGGUUCUCAGAGGGGAAAGGAAAAUGCAGCAUCUGCUUUGUUGCAACUGUGCCUCAACAGCCAUAAAUUCUGCAGUCUGGUCUUGCAAGAAGGAGCUGUGCCCCCUCUUAUUGCAUUGUCUCAGUUUGGAACACCCAGAGCCAAGGAAAAGGCACAGCAGAUCCUCAGUCACUUCCGAAGUCAGCGAGAGGGGACGGUGCGCAACCGAAGUCAUGAUGGCUUCGCCUUGAAAUUUAAAUGAAUUUGGAAAUAUAUGCUAUGUGCUUUUACUCGUAUCACAAUGAGAUUAGACACGUCAGAUUCAGAAAAUACCGUUCGUUGUUGGUGACUCGAGGCUUCUUCGCAUAGAAUAAAGCCGAGACAAGCGUAGGGCAAGCUGAAUGAUGUUGAGCAGUAUGUUGGAGAUAAGAUGAUUGGAUUUGCUGCCUGUUUUAGUGUUGUGAAUAUGUAAAAGCGUGCCAUAUAAUUUUGAGUGGUGCACCUUGAUUUGUAUUCGGUACCAUUCAUUUGGUGGAAUAUGAGUUCUUGAUCUUUUUACA